AUGGACGAGGAGAUCGCCGAGAACGAGGCCGAGGACUCCCAGGACGGCGAAAGAGAGUGCGCCGGAGGAAAUUUCGAGGUCGGCGUCGAAGAGAACCCGCAUGGCGCGUCCCCUUCAGAAGGAGCGUGUCACGACACGGCACCGAAGGCGGACGAGGAGAUCGCUGAGGAGUUUGGCGAGGAAGGAGACGAGCCAGCUGACGACAAGGUGGGCUCUGCUUUUGCGCUGGUUGAUUUCCGGGACGACGCCAGCAUGCGGGCACUGGACGGUGCGACAAAAGAUCUUGCAGGGCGAGAAGCACAAGAUGGAAAGGCGGAGAAGACGAGACAGAGGCGGAAAAGGAAGAAAAAGAGAAACCACGACGAACAGCGCGGUGGUGUGGGGGACAAGGAGAACAAGACGAUCGUGGACGAGGCGUUCAUUGUGGACGCAGUGGUACACGUUCGCGAAAAUAUGUCUGAACCCAACCCGGACAGCGAGAGGGAAGAUCCCACUGAGGAAGAGACAAAGAAGGCCGAGGUGGAGAAGCCUGUCGCAGACUCUGAGGAGGAAGAGACAAAGGGGGAUGCUGUUCCGUGCGCCAAGAAGGCCAAGGCUGAACCGGCCAGGACGCGUCUCCAGUGUGAGACCAACUCAGCGGGUGCGCGUCGCGUGCGCAGCCUGGAGGCAGCCGCCAAGGAGGGCGAGGCCCUUCUCAGGAAACUCAGCCACAAGGAGAGCAGCGUCCCAGAAAGUGGUUGCAGGUGGACACGCUCGCAGACGCGCUGCACCACGGCUGCUCCCGCUGCACGGCAGCCUGCACGGAAGACCCCUGCCAAGCCAGCACGCGGUGCCAAGAAGGGUGCGGCCUCCAAGCGUACCGUCUACGAGGACGGGUCAGCAGGCAGCAUAGAGAAGGACGAGAAGGACAGGGUGAUUAACGUCGAGGAUACAGGCGAGGCACGGCAAGAAGAUUCUGAGGAUGCCAACGCCGAUUGCAAGGCGCAACCGGAGGUCAACAACACGCAAGAUGAGCCAACCACAGACAGUGGCAGCUAG